GUUUGAUUGUUCCAAUGUUGAGGAACAUUUUGCGCAUUUCUGUUGACAAAUAUACCAGUACUGUCGUACUGGGAGGACGCCAGUUCACAUUGAAGUGUCUUUCUCAGACAGAGGUACUCGAAAAGAAAAACACGGAGGCUUUCGUCGUUCGCCAACCGUCCUCUCGUUCCAAAGCUUUCUCACGACCCGCUUUCCCAGCAACACACGCUGUAUCAAGUUCCUUUAAAUUACCCCAGCUGCUGGUAAAUGUUAUACUUAGAAUACCAAUGAUGUCCAGUCUAAUAACUGCUCCGAAGGGAAUCACAAGUACUAGAGAUAUUUCCCCUCCCAAGUCAGUGCGAGGAAUGGUCACACUCGAUAGGGAAAAGUUUAAACAAAAAGUGUACGUGCCAGGUAUACUUGUUUCAGCGCAAGGGAUACGUGAUAUCGUACGACACUUUAACAGCCACCUACUAAGAUUGACUAAGGUUCAACCAUUCGUUGACUUAUCUGAUGACGAUCCCAAUGUGAAAAAAAGUAGAGUUAUGCUUUUAGACCCGCAGCAACAUCCAACAAAGGAUUCUUUCACAGAAGAAGAGAGUGACAUGCUGAAAAGUAAAGGAGCGGACCCUGACACUUGGCAACUGUAUGAACUGGAUAUGGAAUAUGAAAAUUGGAAUGGAGAAGACAUUUUUAAGGCAGUGUUGCCCAUUGAAAGUGAAGGGUUUUCAAGUUAUACUGUCAUUGGGCACAUAGCUCACCUGAACUUAAAAGAUGCAUUGCUAGACUACAAACAUCUUAUUGGUCAAGUCCUCAUAGACAAGUUUAAAACCAUUAAAACAGUUGUUAACAAGACCAACACAAUAGACAACACCUUCAGGAAUUUCCAAAUGGAGGUGAUAGCAGGGGAGGAUAACUUCAUUACCACAGCUAAAGAAAACGGCUGCCAAUACAAGAUGGAUUUCUCCAAAGUUUACUGGAAUUCUAGACUUGGUACAGAACACGAGCGGAUUGUCAAGUUGCUGAAACCUGGAGACAAACUGUAUGAUGUAUUUGCUGGUAUUGGCCCAUUUGCAGUGCCAGCAGGGAAAAAGAAAUGCACAGUUCUAGCAAACGAUCUAAACCCUGAAUCUCACAAGUGGCUACAGGAGAAUUUGAAAUUGAACAAAGUUGGUGGCCAAGUCCAGACAUAUAACUUAGAUGGCAGAGAAUUCAUCAGAACAGUUGCAAAGGCAGAUUUAGUGUCUUGGUACAGGGAGGAUAAAUAUCCUCUGCAGUCAGUGCACUUUGUUAUGAACUUACCAGCAAUGGCACUCGAAUUUCUGGACAGUUUUAAAGGACUUCUUUCUGGUCAUCCCACAAUUCUCCACGAAAACUCUGUCUUACCAAUGGUGUACUGCUACUGUUUUAGCAAUGCAUCAGACCAUUUGGAGGACAUCAGGGAAAGAGUUGCCACUUAUCUGAGUAAAGAGGUGGCACAGAAAGUCCAGAUACGGUUUGUGAGGAAUGUAGCACCCAAAAAGGACAUGUAUUGCGUUAUAUUCCAGUUGGACAAAUGUGUGCUGUUGUGGGAGGGUGAGAAUGAAGAGACGGGAAACAGUGAAGAAUGUGAACCAGAAAGGAAGAAAUCAAAGCAUGAGGAUACAGUUGCUCAUUAACUUCAGAAGAAAAUAAAAAGAAAAGUGGAACCAUGUAAGUUAGGCCCUGGUUAGUUUUAUGUUCAUAUAUGGCAAUAAGAUGGACAAUUGACCAAGACAUUUGCCAAGUCUCUGAAUGAAAUCUGUCAUUGACAAUGCAGUCUCCCGUUGAAAGGCAACACAUGCCUUUUUUGUGCUGUUUUAUCAAUGUGUGACUGAUAAAAGCAUUAAGGUGUAUUUUUUUCAUACAUAUUUUAUUCUGCCUAUUUAUUAUCAUGUUUUUAUUGUGACACUCCAAGUGGUGGAUCACUUCAUUCCACUUUAGGAAAUCAGGGAGAUAUGCAGAAAUACAAAAUAAGAUCUUUGAACCAUAUUUAUUUCACUUGGCUAGUGGAAAAUGAUACACAGUUGACUUUGGCUGAGGUCUGCAAAACAACAUAUUGACCUUAACCAAAAGUUAAUGGUUUGUUAAAUAAUUUUAAACGUGAAUGUCAAUUUCCUGCAAGAUGACAUCAAAAGAUUGCUGUAAUCCCUCGCAUUUUUUUUUUUUUGCCUUCUCAUUGAAGAUAUGUUUCCUUUAUGCUGAUUUGUCAGUCAGCUGUUUGAUGAUAUGUUCAAUAGACUUUAUCAGUGAUUAGGAAGGCUCAAGCCACCUAUGGGACAAUGGCCCCUUUUGGGAACCCUUGUAUGGGCAAUUUUGCAAACCAAUGGGCCAUUGUGUAAAGCUAAUGGGCUAUUUUUUAACACAAAUAUAUUCAAAAUAUCUAUAUUUUGAGUGGAAAUUAUGUGAAUAAUGUAUAAUAGUUGGUUGAAAUUAAUGUUAAAAUACAAGACCAAUUAGUAACUUAAGAAUAUCAAUAAAAAGGUCAAAAAUUCUCCAGAAACUGACAGUGUUAGAUGUGCCUAUCAAACCAGUCUUUUUCAAGAGCAUUAUGUCAUUUUUAUAGCAUUUACCUGCAUGAAAAAGCACCAUACAGAAUUAACUGAAAAAAUGCACAUUUUUUAUUAGAUGAAACCAUCAAGAAGAA